UGUGUACAGUAUCUGUAAGCAGCAAUCAGCACAGAGGAGCACAUGUGUGUUCUGCUGCUUUCAGCACCCUUUUUUCUUCACUUUCCUGCACCCUUAAACCCAGGAAAUACAUUAAAUGGGAUUUACAGCUCCACUGUGCAACAUAAUCAAAAAGGAUGAUGCCGACCUUGAUACCAGUGCCCCAGCCUUCCUACUCCCAGGCCAGGGAGAACCUGGUGAGGGCUAUCCCACCCAAGCUCCUCUGUCUGCUGGCCUGUGGAGGAAUGGACUGCCGCUAUGAAGGACCAGAGGGUUGGAAACCAAGUCAGCAGCUCAUUCGAGGCGUUUUCUCCUCCUGGGUGACAGAUGACAUUAUUGCCAUGGCACGACCAUCCAAUCAUCUAAUUGAGAAGUACAACAUCAUAGAACAAUUUCAAAGGUUGAACAUCAAAUCAAUCAUCAACAUGCAGCUCCCUGGAGAGCACGCUCAUUGUGGACCUCCACUAGACCCUGGAAGUGGCUUCACAUACUCUCCACAGAUCUUCAUGGACAAUGACAUUUACUUUUACAACUUUGGGAUGCAAGAUUUCGGUGUGACCUCUCUCGUCGGUAUGAUUGAUGGGGUGAAGGUUUUGGCCUUUGCAGUGAGCGAGGGAAGAGUGGCUGUGCACUGCCACGCAGGCCUGGGCAGGACAGGUGUUCUGAUAGCCUGUUACUUGAUUUACACCCUGCGCAUCAGCCCGAGUGAGGCCGUCCACUACGUACGAAUUAAACGGCCACACUCUAUCCAAACUCGGGCGCAGCUCAGCCAGGUGUUUGACUUUGCUCGCCUGCUCGGCACACAGCUGGUCCAAUACCCAGACCUCAGCCUGCGGCACGGAGUCCCUUUCACCCUGCAGCACUACCUAAACCGACAGGCGAUACUGCUGCAUGGCCAGGAGGCACGCACCCUCAGACAAACACCCAAGAUGGUGUACCUCCUGUGUAUGCAUCUGUCCUGCUUAGCCCAGGGUCUCCCUGCUCCUCCAGAGAUCCAGGCUGAGCUGGAGAAGAGGUCAGCACUCAGGACCAUGAACAGGAGUGUGAGGGAGAUCCUGGCGGCCAAACAGUACUUGCCCUUACUGAGGGAGGGUCACAAGGGGUCGCGGGUGAGCUCAGAGUCGGUGUCCUCCUGGGACGAGCCACUGGGAUUCCUGGAGAGGAAGAGAGAGGUGCUGCUGGACAAACGCAGCUACAGCGAGUCUGACCUCAGCAAGUUCGCAGUAAAUGAGGGUCUGGAGUUUAGUCCAUACUGCACACCAGCACUUGGGAAUGAGAGACAGUGGUCCGUACAGGAUCUGUUACGACCUGAUCUGAGACCAGGUAGUCCGAUGCUUGCCUCAUUUUCACCAGGCCACCAGACCACCAUGAAGGAAUCUCAUACACUCAACAUCCCAAUAUCUAGCAUGACAACCAGCAACAACUGUGCUAUGAGGUCUAAGGCGCUUCCCAAAUACAGCUCCAACACUGAGUUGUGCAGAAAUCCACAUAAUCCAGGCCCGACCUCAGUCGCCCGUGCUGUUGCUAAGGCGAUGGCAGACCCUGGUCCUCCAGGAGAAGCCGUCCUGCAAAGAUCGGCUCUGCUGCAGGAGGAACUGAACAGUAGUGACUGUGGCUGGGCUCUGCUGGUCACCGAGUCAGAUCCUCAGGUUCUCAGUUGUCUGUUGUGGACGUGGCUGGACAAGUUAAAGGAGCCUGUUCUGAGUGCAGACGAUGUAGAAAGGUUGAGUUGUGGAGCAAACAACAGGAAGCCCCUCAGUGUGCUCAAGAAGCCGCAGAGAGACACCAUCUAUUGUCUACUGAGCUGUGUGAGCUCGGUGACCAGCUUGUGUCCACACAGAGAGGAGGCAGUGCUGCAACGACUGAUGCGGGCACUCACAAGGCGCCACCAGGAGGAAAUGGGAAGCCUUGCAACUUUGAUGACAGUCCUGAAGGCGAGUUUGAGAGAAACCUUCCACAACUACAUAUACCUCAGGAGGGCCAGCAGCACCAAUGCUACACUUUAAAGAGCAGAGACAACAUCGGAAUAAAAACUAACUGCAGUUUUUAUCUCAGAAGUUGGUGGUAUUUCAUUCUGGGCACCUAACUGUGGGAAAAAUCAAGGUGUAUAGUGAAUUAGCCUAAUGUGAGAUGAUUUUUGCAUUUCAGAUUUCUGGAAUAUAUUAUGAUAUGAAGCUAAUACAUUAAAUUCACACCCAGUACCACUCCGAAAUCCCCAGGAUGUGUCCUAAUCAAAUAAAAAAAAAAAAAAAAAAAUGCAUAUAUCACACUCAUGAAAGAAAUGGUAGACAUAUCAGUACUCCAAUGCCAAGUUUUCUUAGACAAAUCUUGUUUUUCUAAUGUGGGACAGUCAUGUGCGAAAUGUGGGACACUGAAAAGUCUGUUAAAAGGCCUAAAAAUCACCUUAAUUAAUGUAGGAAACACUCAAGGCUAAAUGUGCAAUCCCAUGUUCGGUAAUUGUACUACUUACAAUGUUAUUGCUGUUACAAAACCUAGGCUUAUGUGUGGAUGUUACAUGGAGAAUUGAACAUCAAACAAACAAUAAGACAAUAAAUAAUGAAUAAUGAAUAAAGACUGUAAUAGUUUUGAAGCAUUUAGGCAUAUUAGAAAGACCUCAAAUAUCAAUACUUUUAUUUGUUUGAGGAAGACCUACACCCACUGGAGCUUAGGUGUCCCACAAUAGGCAGUGUACUCCCACUUUAUGACAACUCACCCUAAUAGGUCCUUUUACAUAAGACGUUUUGGCAUGCCACAGUAGGAAACACAGGGGUAAAUAAUACAUUUAAUUAUAGCUAAAUUCCAUUUAGCUGCUUCAGAUUUAGGGUCCUGGUAUUGUGCAUGCUCACUGUCACACUGUCGUAACUUACUGGGAACAGAGCCAUGGUUAAUGUUAUUAGUAACACCUCUGGGAUUCUGUGCAUUUCCUACUAUGACCAGUUGAAAUGUCUUCUGUGAAAAAGGCAAAUUAGGACGGGUCUUUUUGGAGAGCUUGGCGAGAUUUGACUUCUGGAGUCCCCCUCCAAACCUUACUGAUACUCAAUUAUAUCUUCCCCCUUUACAAAAUAUACACUAAAAAGUACACAACGGAUGUGAAAUCAACACCAGCUAUCUAUAUAUUAAAUAACUUGCCAACCAUGUAAUAAGAACUAUGAUCUCCCCCACUCCUGUCUCAGCCUAAACUCAGUUUAAUUGCUCUCUCUGGCGCUAAAAUACUGUGUUUAUGUUGUUUUUGCUCAUACUUCCGCAUACUACCACUCACUCACGGCAAUAAAUGUGCAAAAAUAUGCCAAGCUUUAAAAAAGAAACAUAAGAUGUCAUAUAGAUUUUUGCGUUUACAUCCAUAUCCUUUUCAAGCAUUCAUUGCUCUUUAUUAACAAUUGGUACAACGUCAGUGGAUAAAGAAGAUUGAUCUCUCAGACCCACACCACCUCAUAUUUGAACACGAACGUACCACAAUUAAUUAUAGGCUAUGAGUUAAAAAAAAAAAGUCAGGUGGGUGCAUCUAAGAGAGGGUGGGGCCCUAGGCCUAAUUCACUUAACAACAGUGGUUAGACUUGAAAUAAAGCCCCUACAUUAGAAUUAAUAAAUGACACAGAUGCAAUGUUUACCGUAGGCUAAUACAUUUUGUUUCAUGUCUACUAUAAAUAGCAUGUCAGCUACUGUAACUUAGCACUAGCAGGUUAAAUCCAAACAGUGUGCUUCUGUGGCCUGUUUCAGCCUUUCAUGUCUAAUAAAUCAUUUACACCAUCUGCAUAC